AUGGCGGUUUCUGCCAUAGACAGUGGUUGGUACGAUGCGCAUGCAACUUUUUACGGCGACAUGAGUGGUGCGGAAACCAUGCAGGGAGCUUGUGGAUAUGGAGAUAUUUUCAAACAAGGAUAUGGACUAGCGACAGCGGCGCCGAGCACAGCCCUUUUCAACGACGGGCUUAGUUGCGGCGCCUGUUUCGAGAUCUAUUGUAACAACAACCCGCAGUGGUGCAUCCCGAAGGCUGGUUCGAUCAUAAUUACUGCAACAAACUUCUGCCCUCCGAACUACACUCCGUACAAACCGGACGCCCGGUGCAAUCCUCCGCUAAAGCACUUUGACCUUUCUAUGCUAAUGUUCACAAAGAUUGCCUACUAUAAGGCCGGAAUCAUUCCCGUCCGCUAUCGCCGCGUCUUGUGUUCCAAGCAAGGAGGAGUCAAAUUCGAGAUUAAGGGAAACCCGUCUUGGACCCUCGUGUUAAUUUAUAACGUCGGCGCCGCUGGAGACGUGAACACAGUGAAAAUCAAGGGCUCGAACACUCAAUGGAUUGCUAUGACUCGAAUCGGGGGGCAAAAUUGGCGGACUGGAAUUGUUUUGAUUGGGCAAAAUUUGUCGUUUCAAGUCACCUUAAGUGAUGGGGCCACAUUAGAAUUUGACAAUGUGGCGCCUACUCGAUGGCAAUUUGGGCAAACAUAUGAUGGGCGAAAAAAUUUCUAG